AUGAAAUCACACUCACGUAACUUAUUCGCGAUAGAUAGUUUACGUGCUCCAUAUCCACCGUCGCUCAUCACGGGCACUAGUGAGGUCCUCGUUGAUAUUCGAGGGGGCUUAUCCCGUCGUAGCGACACUAAACAGGGCGACGCGACACUCCCUGAGCCCCGGCUCGACGUCGCGCCAUCAACCGCCAAUCUAAUAACACCCGCCCAC